UGUAGGAGUAGUAUUUUCGUGCAUUAUUUACAGUUACCAAUCAGCGUGUGUAGUGUUGGAGCUGCAGCAGCCAACUGCGACGACGUCAGCAGCCGCGGGGGUGUAAACAGUAUUGAUAUUUGUUGUUUUUGUUCGGCGCUAUGAGCUGGUUCGAAAAGGCCAAAACCGUGCUGAUCGAGGCCCUGGACAUCCAGGACGAUGAUAGCAAGGCGGCAGCGGCGGCGGCGGCGGUCACAGACAAAGCGGACAAGACAGCAGGAGGAGCUGCAUCUAGUGCCAGCGGUGGUGGGCAGCUUAAAGAUAGUGAGGGAGCAGCAGGCACAUCCUCCUCCAGUUCCUCGGUUCCUGCCACCCCCGCCGCCGGCGACACGCCCACAUUCUUUGACAAUCCGCAUGCCAACGAAAUGGUCACCAUUCCGCCCAGGGCCAGCGACGCCGCCACCACAUCCACAUCGACACCGUACGCCAAGCGUCAGUCGGCCACCUCGGAUUCAGUGGACCUGCUCUCCUCGCCCACAUCCCCCGUAGAGGAGGUCUCUGCCUCUGUCUCGGCUUCGGUUUCCGCCUCCGUCUCCGCUGGCAACAAACGCCAUUCGGAAUCAUCGCUGGAACUUAUCACGGCCACCACGGCCAGUGAGCUGGAGAUGGAAAUGGAGCUGUCGCCGGACACGGAGCCCUCGCUGCCCGACAGCAUUGUGAUCAUUGCCAGCAACGAUACCUCGGAUAAUGCCGAGGGCGAUGGCGAGGAUGACGAGGAAGAUGAUGAGGAUGAGGACGAGGGCACGCAGCUGGAACGGCACAUGGAGGAUCAUCUUAAUGACUCCACCAAGACAAUGAAGGCCUUGGUGUUCAGCGACACCCAGACAGCUGGCAAUGUGACCGCCGGUGGCGCCGAUUCCGAUUCCACGCAGAGCUUCGAGGACAUCCAAAUGAUGCAGCUAAGCCACAAGGGUGCCUCCAGUUCUGGCAAGUCCCCGGCCACGGGUGGCCCCAACUCCAACAAGCCAGAGAUGAUGGUGGACCAAAGCUAUUCCUCCACAUCCUCGGACAUAGAGAUCAUCUCGAAUCCGAACGGCGACUCCAGCACCAACAGCACCACGACGCGUACGAGUCCCCAAAAGUUCAAGGAGCUGGCAGCGGCGGGCAAGGCGGCAGCAGCAGCAGCAGCAGCGGCUACCUCCUCUGGCAGUGCUCUAAAGUCCAAGGGUCAUCAUCGCGAGCCCUCGGAGAUCUCGCUGCUGUCGGAGGACUCGGAGCAAUCGGAGCUGGACAAGCUGGUACAUCGCAUCAGCGAGCUGAACCAGGUGAUUGAGGCACGUGAGCAGCGUCUGCUGCAGUCGGAGCGACAGAAUGCCGAGCUUCUGGAGCUUAACCAAGAGCUGCGCGCCCGCAUCGAGGCGGCUGCCAAUAGUGCCAAUAGCCCCGAGGCGGCCGAUGACACUGUGCAGCGUCUGUCCGCCUUGGAGAAGAAAUUCCAGGCCAGCAUCCGAGAGCGCGAUGCCCUGCGCAUUCAAAUCAAAAGCCUGCGCGAUGAGCUCCAAAACAAGAUACCCAAGGACGAGCUGAUCGAAUGCAACGAAAUGAUUGCCGGCCUCCAGUCGGAGGGGGAGAAGCUCUCCAAGGAGAUACUCCAGCAAUCGACGAUCAUCAAGAAGCUGCGGGCCAAGGAGAAAACCUCAGACACACUGCUGAAAAAGAAUGGUGAGCAAAUCUCCCAGCUGUCCAGUGAAGCGGAGCGCCUGAAGCGUUCCCUGGCCGCCAAGGAGGAGAUGGAACGCACCCAAAUCGAGGCCGUGUGCCGGAUGACAGCCGAAAAAAGGCGUGCCGACGAUGACUAUGCCGAGGGACGUGGCCGCAUCAAGGAUUUGCAAUCCCAACUGGCGGCCCUACAAAUCAAAUUCGAUAGCCUCGAAUCGGAUAUCCAGAAGCAGGCACGCCUCAAGCAAGAGCGUAUGCGGGCCGAGCACGAUGAGUAUGUCCAACAGAACACGGAUCUGCGGGAAAAGCUGCGUCUGGCCGAGCACAAUCUGGUGCGCAGGGAACAACAGUUGCGCGAGGAGAAUCGACAGCUAAUACGACGCCUGGAAGCGGCCGAAAUGCGGGCGGAAAGCUCUACCCAAGAGCUGAGUGCCAUCACAAGUCCCCUCAUACGGCAAAUAGAGAAUCUUCAGCGUACUUUGGAUCAACGUUCAGCGGGCUGGAAUCGUGAGGAGCAGCAGUUACUGCAGAAAUUGGAUGCUGCUGAGGUUCAAUUGCGUUCUUUGACGCACUUGAAUACAGUGCAGGAGGAGAAGUAUGCCUUGCUAAGCACACGCUGCUCUCAGGUGGAGGAGAAGCUAUCAAAUGCCCAGCUGGAGGCCACAACGGGGCAAAGAGAGUUGCGUCAACAGGAGGCCAAUGCUGCGGGCAAGGAUAGUGAUUUUAAAAAACAAAUUAUCUUGCUGGAGGAGAAGAUCCAACAGCAGGCCAAGACCAUAGCUGACCUAGAGCAGCUAACCAAGCAGCAACAGCAAGUGGCUAAGGCGGAGACUCACCUGAAACCCCAAAGCAGUUUGCUUACCAUGGAAGCCGUUGAGUUGGCUGGAAGAAUGGAGCAACAGCAGCAGCCAAUGAAAUCCCAAACAGGAGCAGCUGGUCGUUCCUCGCCGCCUUUAAGCCUGGUGGUGGAUGAUGAGGAAGAGGCUUGGCUAGCGGAUGACCUUGAUUGUGCUUCCAAUUCGGGCCGCCAGCCCUCGGGGAUUAUUCAGGGUGUACAUCUAAAUUUUUUGGCCGGAAACACCACCACCUCCACGUUGGAGCAUUUGCAGGCUUUGCUAAAGCAACGCGAUGGUGAGCUAAAUCAUUUGCAAUGGGAAUUGUCACGCCUAAGAGCUGAACGUGAUGUCCUGGAUGGUGAAAUAUCCAAUGUGACCUUUGAACUGGAGGCGUUAAAGGAAAAAGUCGUAGAGUUUGAGGAGAUGCAAAGGGAGUAUGUGGACCUGCAGCAUCGCUAUGAUGCCUUGCUGCAAAUGUAUGGCGAGAAGGUGGAGCGCACCGAUGAGCUGGAGCUUGAUUUGACGGAACUAAAGGCCGCCUAUAAGCUGCAAAUUGAUGAACUGCUGGCCGCACCGCCGCCAAAUUUGAGACUUGUUCCAAAGCAAACAUGAUUGUCGCUGGAGCGCCGACGGUUGG